AUGGAUCUCGUUUUAUUACAGAUUUUUGUCUUGUAUACUAGUUCGAUCCUGGCAGAUCAGUGUUCCCAUGAACCAGAGUGCCAUGUAUUUAACUGGAAAGAAUGGGCUUCAUGUACUGGUGUCUGUGGCUCACAGUCACAGAGAAGAGAGCGCAACAUGUGCUGUUCCAUGUCUGUUAGUCCUCAUACCAUAGAAAACUGCCUGAAACACUGUAACCUGUCUCCUAAUUUUAAAUUAGAUCAGUCUAAAUCAUGCAGAAUAUGUGAAAAUGGCGGAACACUGAAUAUUUCAUCUCUAUCUUGCAAAUGUGAUCCAUAUCAUAAGGGUGAUUGUUGUCAAGACCUUGUGAAAUGUCAAGAUAACCCUUGUAAACACGGAAUUUGUACCGAUACUGCUUACACUUUUACCUGCCACUGUGACAGAGGAUACACAGGAUUAGUUUGUGAUAAACGAAAACUUUGCAGUCAAGGAAUAGUGUGCAAAAAUGGUGGAACUUGUGUUGAUGGGUCGAUUGGAUUUAAAUGUCACUGUAGUGAUAGAUAUACGGGAGAGUUUUGUGAAAGAGUGGUGACAACAGAGCAACCUUCGGAACUUCGUCUUCCAGAAUGGUUUCCAUAUUUAGAAUAUGGAUUGUUGUCGGUCGUGUCCCUUAUAGGUCUUAUGACAUUGGGAUGUAUUUGUCUAAAGUGUUGUCGAGCAUUUGGUGUUGGCGAAAAAAAGUUUGUGGAUGACGACGAUAAUGAUGAAGAAAGAAAUUUUAGAAAAAGGAAAAACGUUCAUUCUACUCCGAACCACCCAAAACCAGUGAAUACAGGGAUUGACUUUUGA